GCCACUCCACUUGCUUUAGCCUAGAAUCACCCCCCCAAAAUCCCGGAGGUAUCCUGGUGCUUGAACUGAUUUUCCAGGGCUUCAGUUCUCAUUCAGUAACGUGGAAGGUUAAAGUCUACUCAAUACUGUAAGCAAUCUGGGGGCUGGAUCAUUUUCAGGCUCUCCGUCAUGACAAGGCUAUCUACACAUAUGCCAGUAUAAAUAAACCAAUAAAACAAUUAGAAUAUAAACUGUUAUAAAAGAAGAAAUUCUCACCUCUUUUACUGCUGUGAAUAACACUGAAAAUAACACAGAGAAUAACACUGUCCCUGACAGGCAGUAAAGGCAGCCUGGACCUUUAAGGGCAGCAGUUCCCAGUGCAGCUCUUCCUGGGAACUUCGGAGCAAACCAGCGUGGAAAGCCUGAGCUGACUGCCUGAGAGGCAAAAUGAACAUUCAAGAGUAUUUCGGAAGAAUAUCUUACAACAAGCCCCAUAAGGAUGCAGACUUGCAAACCUUAAAAGCCGUCUUCCAGCAUCACAUCCAGGCCAUUCCUUUUGAGAACCUCAGCAUGCAUUGCGGGGAGACCAUCGAACUGGAUUUACAGUCCAUUUACAAUAAGAUCGUGCGAAAGAAACGUGGUGGAUGGUGCCUGGAAACCAACUACCUUUUAUAUUGGGCCUUGCAAGAAUUAGGGUAUGACGUCUGCAUUCUUGGUGCGAAUAGCUAUGACCCAGCACAGAGGGCAUACACUGCUGAGAUGAACCAUAUCCUGCUGAAGGUGGUGAUCCAGGGAAAUUCCUACAUCGUGGAUGCCGGUUUUGGUGGUGCCUACCAGAUGUGGCAGCCACUGAGGUUGAUUUCUGGGAAGGAUCAACCCCAGGUCCCUGGAAUCUUCCGCUUCGUGGAAGACAAUGGCACCUGGUACUUUGAGAAAGUCAAAAGGAAGCAUUAUAUUCCUGAGCAAAGUGAGACUCCUUACUUCACUGACACUCCAGGAUUGGGGAACAUCAGAAAAAUACAUAGAUUCACUCUUGAGCCACGACAUAUAAAUGACUUUCAGGAGUUAAACACAUACCUACAAGUGUCUCCAGAUAACAUACUUCGGAAGAAGUCACUCUGCAGUCUCCAGACCACUGAAGGGCUCAUUGGCUUAGUUGGAUGGACCUUGACUGAGAUGAAGUAUAAUUACACAGAGGACAUGGACCUGGUGCACAUCACAACUCUUACAGAUGAAGAGCUUGAGAAGACACUGAAAGAUAAAUUCAAUAUAGUGCUGGAGAACAAACUUGUACCAGUAAAUGUCCGUGGCUUGCCACCUAAUUUAGUGGAUAAGAUCUAAUUCUAGCACUGUGCU